CUGUUGGACUGAAGUGGCGGGGGUGGGGCACAGUGUUAAUUGGUCCCCCUGCCCUGGGUCUGCUCUGGGGGGACACGGUGCUCCCAGCAGCUCUCUCUGGCACUUGCCCAGCAGUGGUGCUUGUCAACGCCUGACUGGUGCUUCCCUCCACCCACACCACACCGACUCCCAGCCCUGCCCUUCCUACCCAUGUAUUUUUACUCCUGUUCAGAGCAGGCUCAGGACAGCAGCGGAGCUGCCAUGGCAGCCAGCACUUCCCACUGGCACAGCUACCUAGGGGUGAUUGUGUCCCGUGAAAGGCAGUGGCUAGAGCAUUUCCAGCAGGCCGAGAACAUCCUGCUGACUCUACUGGAGGUUGUCCAUGCCAGGGAGCCCCGCUUCCUUGUGGAUUAUGCCAGGAACCUGGAAGCCUUCGAGUUUGCUCUCUGUGCCUCCGAGGAUGCUGUCACUGUGGAGGUCCCUCUGCGGAUUGAUGGCGAUGCCCUGAGGGUGCUGGCCUGCCAACCUGGGGACACCUCAGUUGGGCACCUCCCGGGGCCGGGCACCUGCUAUCUACAAGUGUCCCCUUCAAGGACUGACUUGGAGGACUGGACCAGCGCCAUGGGCGUGAUGGAGCAUGGAGGUGGUGCAGGGUGCUUGGUUCCGGGCAAAGUCCUCCAGCACCUGAAAGAGCUCCUUGUUUCAGCCAUCGUGCACUGCCAGCGCUGCUUCCUGCUUCAGCCAGGUGACCUCAGUGCCGAACAUCUGCAGGAAGAUGCCAUGGAGCUCUCCCUGCUGAUCCGUAGCAGCUGGAAGACCAUCCGCUUUGACAUCAUCCCCGUGGUGAGGAGGCAGCAGGAGCCACUCCAGCUCAAGGGGCGGCAGAGUGACAGGGGCUUCCCUGAAGGCAGCCUCAGGAAGGCCACGGAAGAGGCCCACUUCGUCCCUGCCUCUCCCCAUUGCUGGAGAUCCUCUACUCACGUCCCCAUCCUGAAGCUGCUCCAGGCGGUGGACACGCUGAAGGGACCCCGUCUGGACAGCCUUCGCCUGCUCAACCAGCUGCACAGCCAGGACUGGGGAGAGGAGGGUGGGAAAGGUGGUCUCACCUUCAACCACCUGAAGAUGGUGCUGCUGUGGAGCACAGAGUUCUUCCCCUCCCCAGAGGACUGGCAGGACCUGGAGGGCUCUGUCUACAGGCUCUUGGUGAUUCUCCUCCGCUGUCUGGCCACCCGGCACCUGCCCCACUUUCUGCACCCAGAGGAGAACCUCUUUCAAGGAGAGGCCCUGGACUUUGCCUCCAUCUACUGUAAGGUGGACAGCUUUGCCCGGGAGCCCCAGCGCUUCCUCCGCUUCCAUUUUGGCCUCCCUGAACGCACUGUGAGCUGGCAGGCAGACCCCAGCACACAAGCCCUCCUGCAGCUCCCCACUGAGAACAGGUCCUACUGGGACACAGCCUACUUUGACAUCUUGCUCAGCCAGUUCCAGGUGUACCAGAUCCAGGACGGCAUGCGCCACUCAGCAAUGUCCCAGCUCCUCUCCAAGAUCCAGGAAGAAAUCCCCCAGCAGAGCUGAAUGGGACCCCACU